UACAUACUUGAUAUUUAAAAUGUAUACUACAUACUUUCAUUUGGCAGUGUUAAUAUAAGAUUCGGACUACUAACCAUUUACGCCUUUUUCAAAUUCUCUUUAAACAUGUCAGAAUUGAAAAAAGAUGAUGAUUUCAAGCCAAAGUAUAUUCCCAAUGCAACAACAAUAACGAAUGAAAAUUUGGAUAUGUUCCCUAAUGUCAAGUAUUUUUUCGAAAUGCUUGUCAAAGAUACCAAAAUAGAAAGUAAACAUGUUGGCAGAUCAUUUCAAUAUGAUGAAAGUGUUGAGAAAAAUCGUUAUUUUUCAGCCCAUGGACUAUUUAUGGACUAUUUUAUACGAAAACAUUUGUCCAAUCAGUAUAAUAUUAAAAUAAUGGAUGUGCGUACUGAAUACAUUCUGGAAAAUUCUGAUAAUUUCAUUGUUGGAACAAAUGAAACAUUGCGGAAUGCAAUUGAGGAACAUUACGAAAUAUUUAAAGAUUCAAACACCAAGGCCAUGGACAUAAUAAAAAGUAUUAAAACUGUAUCACUAUCACAUCUAAUAUUUUUUGGAUACAAUAUACCGAAAAGUGAUUAUAUUGUAAAUGAGAAUAAUUUGCGAGAAAUUAUUCGUUAUUUGGAACGACUUCCCUAUAAGUCGGUCCACUUAAAUCCCGGACUAUACUGUGAAUAUUUUAAUGCAGAUGCCGAUUUAAUAUUUGACAAUGAUGUUAUAUACGAAAUAAAGACCUCUAAAUUUAAAUCCCUUACACGCGGUGAGUUCAUCAUACCGUUAAGUAAGUUUUAUCAAACGAUUAUCUAUGGAUUUGGUUUCUACAAGAUAACGGGCAUAAAAGUAAAGAGAUUUAAAAUCUACAACCCCUUAUUGGGUGAUGAGUUCUCAAUUGAGUUGGAUAAUAUCGAUUUCGAGUUAUUCGAAAAAGUUCUUAAACGAGAUGUUGCAGUUUACAGUCGUUACAAGGAUCUUGUAAUUAAUGAAAUGAUUUUAGAUUUUUCAUUAUUUAAUGAGAAUAAAAAUGAAGAGGAGAAAUAAAUAAUAAUAUUGUUAUACAUUUAA